AUGGGGAUACCACUGCCGGCAUGUGUCAUGUUCACGCUGUUUUGCCUGGCAGUACCCAUCUUCAUGUCUUAUAACGGCGGUGCGACAGCCGCAACUGUCGACACAAUUCAGAAAGAAGGUCACUGGAGUCCGGCCGGGAUAGGGCUGCUCGGAGCGAUGGACAAGAUUGGGAUGACGAUGGCUGCAGCGUUCUGGGGAUAUAUGCUCCAGCGUGUUUCGUCCAAAAGGUUGCUCUGCGCAGGACUCCUCGUCAACGCGACCUCCACUUUGAUUUUUGCGACAUUGAGGAACCCAAUUACAAUGUGCCUAGCGAAGUUGCUGAUCGGCUUUACGGAGAGCUUGCAGUGGGUGUGGUGCCCGCUCUGGAUUGGCCAAUGGGCUCCUCCGGCGUCACUACCUAUCUGGAUGAACCUGUCAGGAGGUGGCGUCGCAUCAGGAGUGGGGAAUGGUUUGGGUACCAUCAUCGCCGGUUUCACCACGGCACAGGGAUGCUCCUAUGAACUUGCCUUCCAGAUCGAGGCGGGUGCCUUGUUUGCCCUCUGGCUGGCCUUGGCCCUGACGGAUUGGCAAAAGUUUACGAUUCGUGAGGCGGACUGGAACAAUUCAGUCUCUGCACCGGGAUGCCAGUUGAAUGCCUACCGUAGUAAAGAUGAAAUCACCGAAGAGCCUUGCCUGCACAUCAAGAUUGACCUCCAUGUGCUGCCGGAGAAGCUUGCUCUGACAACCUGUGGCCUUCUGACUCAGCAUCACGACGCCUCCUUACUCUUGCAGGUUGUGAAUCCGUCGGUCAUGGACAAGAAGAGCUAUGUUCAGAUGUGUCUGGAGAUUCGCCUGAUGGCAGCAGAGGAGCAGGCGCAGCAGGCGGAGCGGAAUUCCUCGCCGCACCUGGAGGAGACCUCCGUGAUCUUCGCUUUCUGUGCUGGACGCGGAGGAAGGUGCGGUUUGGCAUUCGUCGACUUCGACGAUCCGGAGCGUGUGCUUCGGGUGGCCGACGUGAUGGACCCCGAGUUCGCGGAAGUCACAAGACUGAAGGAGCGGAUUCUGUGCUGCGCUGAAACCUCUGGCGGCUCUGGGCUGGAGUGCCCUCCGCAGCUUGGCGUUCGUGCCGGGCUCUGCGUUGUCCCAUCUCGGUCCCCUCCACAGCUUCUCAGGCGUGCUUUGACCCCUGUCGUAGAGGGUGGGGAGAAUUUCCCGACGGCCACACAAAAGGCAGGAGACUUUGACGUGGAAGCCUCAAAGCUGCGCCUGGUAAGCCUCUUCCAGAGCCUUACAUCGAAGGAGGCUGGUGCGACCGCGACCCCUUGCCCUGGCCAAACAACACCCUUGGCGACGCUUGACCUGGGCAACGAGCAGCUGGUACGUGCAGCUGGGGGUCUUCUGAAGUUUUUGGAGCAGAACCGCACACUGCUGGGCCAGAUCGAGCGACAGUGGCAGCCAUGCGUGCAGGAUGUGAAGCUGUUUUCACCUGAAGACUCCGUGUUCGUCGACCUACAAACCAUGAUGGCGUUGCAAGUUGUUAAGGAGCUUUGCAAGGGAACGGCUUGCAACAUGAACUGCAUGGGCAUAGUCUGGUGA